AAUAAUGAAUAUUAGACAGGAAAGAGGGAGCCUAAACAAGGAUAAGCCCCUUUCUGGCCUCCAGCUGAACCCACAGAAAAUGCGAAAAUUAAAGCCGAUCGACAAGAACAAAAUCAAGAAAAGAUCGAUGCUUUUCAGACAAAAAGGCAAAGAAGAAGGAAAUCAUUCUGGAAAACAUCCCAAUCAUUUCCAGAAAAUUGGUCGGAAUAAUGCUUUUUCACAAAGUCCUCCCCCGCUACCUCUAGCCACCGAGAAUCGCGAAUGACAAAGCCCAAUGAACUCAGGCUAUUUGUCAGGCCUCAGUGACUUUAGAGACUCUGAUGUCUCAAAACAGUACUGUGAAAGUCCUGUUAUCAGGAACCAAAUGAAUUCUCUGCGAGAAAAAUACGGUCAGGAGCAAGGUCCAGAAGAUGCAGAGAUCACUGAAGCUCUGACAUAUAUCCUUAAUAACAAAUAAAAUGAUCGAUGAAGCAAAAACUCUUAAUCGAACACAAUUGCUAACUUUCUUCAACCAGACACAGCAGAUGAUCAAGAACUUUAAGGAACACCCAGCAAUGGGAGAUACAGGGAAUAUGAGCAUGAAUAGUGGGCAGAAGGACAAAUAGAAUUAUUAACUUAAGGAAAAUAAAAACUCCUUCUCCUAUAAAAGGGCAGAAUGGUAAAAUCCGGCAGAGAAUUCCUCUUGAGCCGAGGAAACUUAUCAAACCAGAAGAAAAUUUGACUAUGAAGAGGGUAAAAAGUCCAGAUUUUGUUAUCCGCAAGAAGAAGUUGCCUAAGAGGAAUCUUUCCAAUAUGGCAACUCUUAAUACAACUCAAAAUAACACGAAAGUCAAGGCAAGUCCUAUCACUCUUAAGCCAAAGAAGCAGAGGCCUAAGAAAUAAGAGUGCUUUUGACAUCCUGAAUGAGUUUACAUUAAAGAAGCAUUCUAAGAUUCAAAACUUGGACAAAAUCAUGAAGAAGCUUACUACGAAAUUUAAAACUAAGACUACAUUCGAUGACAAGGUUAUUGGCAGGCUCCAGUCCAAGAUCAAGAGCUUUUGCAAACAAGGUCAUAGUAGCAGCAUGGUGCCUAAACUUAAGCUAGAAAGUAUGAAGAGGACUAGCCAGAGGCCACCAAACCGGAAAAACAUAAAGAUCAGUUCUCGUCAUAUAAACAAGAGGAAGUCCCCAGAUAUUUUAAAGAGGCCUACUAAAAAGGACUCCUCACGAAAAAUGUCAUCCAGAAAUGUUUCAAAGAAGAACUCUGGGUCUAAUAUGUUCAGUCAGUUUAAUUCAAUGGGAGAGUCUGAGUCCAAUCAAGGCUCUGAGGAAGACUAUAAGCACUCUCCUGAUUUUGGGACAAGUCAGGACUCAUCAUCGAAGAACAUUAAGACCUUUCAAAAGAGGUCUUCUACAAUGGGGACGAAGCAAUUUGAAAAAUUUCAAAUAAAGAUCAGUAAGCCAGAAGACGAUAAACAAGAAAUGAAGAUGAAACCUCGGAAGAGCCAGACCAAGAUAAAGGAGCUUGAUUUUAGCAACAGAUCCAAACUUAGCCGAAGAAUCGUACCGAAGAAAUCAAAUUCAUCAGCAAAUGUUAACUCAAGUGUUGCAAAGAACACAUUAGGGAUCACUACUACUCUGAAGAACAAAUUCAGGAAGAAACGUAGUUUGCGGCCAAGUGACCGCACUAAAGUAGAUUUAAGCAGGGCUGCAUCAAGGUUCAAGCACAGUCUUACCCAUACAUUCAUCGAUCUGGAAUGAUUCGACAUUGAAGAACUUGAGAAGGAGGAGUCUUCAUCUGAAAGUGAAAGCUCUGUGUCUCAAAUAGAAGCUGAAGAGAAAAGUAAGAGGCUGCCAAGGCCAAAGAAUAAGCUGAAGAAGGAGAAAAGUGUCCCUCUCAGAUAUAAAUAGACGGGCAUAACUUUAAAUACUUCCAUUAAUCAAUAUACUAAGUA